AAGUGGUAUUUGAUCAUUAGCAAUAUUGCGUGUUUGAUACAAGUUUUGAUAAUUUCCAGAGGUUUGUGCUUGCGUAGCAUUCAGUCACUAUUUCUUGUGCUGAUCGCGAAAGUGAUUUUAGCUGUAAAGGAGUUUGUGGUCGUAUCUUCAGCAUACAGGCGCUGUGUUUUUCGUUUUCAAUCAAUAUUGUGACACUGUUCUAUUUAUCAUUGUUUUGUUGAUAAGUUUGUGGUUAUCCUUCAGGUCGUGGGUGAUCAAGUUCUCCGACGUGUUAUUUGACAUUUUUAUCCAAUUAUACGUUGUUCAGUUGUCUUUUUGCUUUGUACUAACCCAUUAUAGUACGAAUCAUCCUGGAUCAUCCUUUUAGUUUUAGUUCAGCCGCUGUGUUUUAAAGGGUGCAAGCUUUAUGUCCAUCUUCUGUGUUUUUGAAGCAUUUGAAGGAUUUUGUUGAAUUUGUUACCAAAGUUUAACGAAGGAAGAGUGUGAAAUUACGUAGUAGUGCUUUCAGUACGAAGGUUUGAGGUGACUAAUAUCACGGUCCCUAAUUUACCUUUGCUCUCUUUUUACGAUAAUAAUUGACCUUUGUUAUGUGCUACAUGUUGCAAAUUUUACGGUUCGUUCGGUUAGUUUGUGGAAACUUAAUAGAUUAGCGGGGAAUGCUUUUGGCAUGAAUACGAAUUGCUCAGUUUGCCGGAGCAGCAGGUUAGAUCAAGAGGAAUUAAAACAUUGACUUAAAUGAUUAACAGCGAAGUGUAUAAGGAUGUCUUUCUAUUUUUUCUGGAAUAAAAAUUGCACUGAUUGAAACAGGUUUUGAUCAUUACGAUGAUUCAUAAUUUUAGGACUCUUAACUAUGGUAUGGAUUAAACUCGAGCUGGACAGGGUGUAUAAGUUAAAAAAAAUAGUUUUGUACCUGGCCCUGGACAGAGGACUAAGGUGGCGUAAAUUACUGAUCAAAUAAACUAAAUUGCAGUCGUAAACGGACAAAACAUGAUGCUUCACGACAAAACCAGUGGUCCUAAUCGUGACUUGUUAUCGAUAUCUAUCUGCUGUAGAUGGCGUCGUACUCUACUCUCCGAGCACGUAUGUUUUGAUAAUAAUUAAUUAUGAUAUUUAGUUGGAUUCUACGUAAUGAUUAUAUCAGUGCGUAAUUUGUAACUUAUUGGGUAUCAAAUAAUAUAAAUAAACAGUAACUGAUGGUAAAAAGGGGUUGUAGGACGGAAAAUUUGUUUUUGUUUAUUUGAGAAAAGGUUAUCUCUAAUUUGUGUGGUGAAGAACGCAUGGCUUGAAAGUGGAAAAUAAUCAGAUACGGAGGUAAUUUCAUUUGAAGUGGCAUAAGAAUCAUAAUUAAAUGGUGGGUUUGGCUUUGACGCAGUGCGUGGGUGUGGCUCUGACUUCACAACUGAAAGUGGUGAGUUGUGAAGUUAGGGUCAGAAUUCGAUGCUCCUCCAAUGUGGACGUGUCUAGGCAACAAGUGCUAGAGAAAGUGGAUAUGGAGCUAUCAAAGGGUGAUGAUAGAGCUGCACUCUCACUUGUGAAGGAUUUGCAGGGGAAAGAUGGUGGGCUUCGGUGUUUCGGUGCAGCCAGGCAGGUGCCUCAAAGGCUUUACACUUUGGAUGAAUUGAAGCUCAAUGGAAUUGAAACUCUCUCUCUUCUAUCGCCAGAGGAUACAACUCUCGGUUCAAUUGAGAGAAACCUCCAGAUUGCUGCUAUUGUAGGAGGCCUUGCUGCAUGGAAUGCCUUGGCAAUUUCUCCGCAGCAAAUCUUUUAUAUAUCAUUGGGAUUGCUAUUUCUGUGGACACUUGACUCGGUCUCUUUUGGUGGAGGUAUCAGUGGCUUGGUUGUUGAUACAAUUGGUCACAGCUUCAGUCAGAAAUACCACAAUAGGGUUAUUCAACAUGAAGCUGGCCAUUUUUUGAUUGCUUAUCUGGUAGGAAUACUUCCUAAAGGAUACACUAUUUCUAAUUUGGAUGCUCUGAAGAAGGAGGGAUCUCUCAAUAUUCAAGCAGGCACAGCCUUUGUGGAUUUUGAGUUUCUCCAAGAAGUUAAUUCGGGGAAAGUAUCAGCUACUACACUGAACAAAUUUUCAUGUAUCGCAUUGGCUGGCGUUUCCACUGAGUAUCUUAUAUAUGGAUUUGCUGAAGGGGGUCUUGAUGACAUAAGGAAGUUGGAUUUAUUGCUCAAGGGCCUGGGCUUCACACAAAAGAAGGCAGAUUCUCAAGUUAGAUGGUCUGUGCUAAACACCGUGUUACUCUUGCGUCGACAUGAAGCGGCUAGAGCUAAGCUUGCUGAGGCCAUGUCCAUGGGAAAAUCUGUAGGAUCCUGCAUUGACAUUAUAGAGAAUUCUAUUGAUGCUUCAGAUCUCUGACUGAAGCUUGACACAUUGUGCUCCUUGAUUCGUUGAUUAAGGUUUCCAUAAAUUUUCAUUUGGUAUUUCCUUGCUCAGUUCUUGGAGCAAAAUGUGAAUAUGUUUUUGCAGUGGAAAGCAGUAAGUAAAUACAGUUUCUUCAUUCUUCUGUGGCUGGCACUUAAUAAGGCUUUGGGUGAAAGAGCAUAUGAAAGAAAAAGGACAAGUGGUAUAAGCCUGAAAAGUAGGUUUAAUUUACAAGGAUGGAAUGGUAAAAACAUUUGUAAUUUGGAGGUAUGCUUAAAUAAAUUAUCAUUAUUGCUGAACAUAUUUAAGUUUAUGCAUGGGUAUGGUGAUUUUAACCAAGGAAAUCCAGUUAUUGGCUCUCUUUUUGAGGUAUUAUCACUGCCCCUCUUGCUUGGUCAAAUGUUGAACGUGUAUCUUAAUUUAGAUAAUUUGUAUCCAGCUUGACUUAGUAAAUGAUGAUCAUAAAAGGCUUUCAAAGAACGGUUUAUUGUGUCUAGCCUCCUCCUUGUCGUGGAAAAUAAAAUCUGA